UUUUGUUGCUUUUACGUGAAAACAUAAUUAUAAAGCUGUUUUUUUUUUUCUUCUUCUUGAUGGGUUCAUCAGAAACUUUUUAACGACUACCUCACCGAGUGGGAAAGAGGACACUAUGGGGCAUUUAAAGCACAUUUCUGCUGGCGUCAACAAAUCGGUUUACCCCAACUUAGGUUGUUUUUAAAAUGUGUUAAGCUACGGCAGGAGAGUUGGUACAUUUCCCCCUAGAACAGCCUCAUCGAGUGCAGCCAGAUAUGCGUCUUUCCUCCUUUUUGGCCGUGUUCAGGCCUGCUUUACCCCUCAUCCUCGGGCUGUCUUUGGGGUGUAGUCUGAGCCUUUUGAUGGUGUCCUGGACCCAAGGGGAUACCGAUGACUCCUGCAGGGAUGAGCUGGGGAAUGGGAGGCUUUUCCCGGGCAGAGGGGAGGCUCAGAGAGACCCGAGGGACGGAGCUGGAGGUGAAGACUACGAGCCACAUAUCGUGCCCUAUCACAAAGACCCAAAUAAACCACACAAGAAAGUCCUCAGAACUCGAUAUAUUCACACUGAACUGGGCAUCAGAGAGCGCCUGCUGGUGGGUGUGCUGACCUCUCGGGCCACCCUCAACACGCUGGCCGUGGCGGUGAAUCGCACGGUCGCCCACCACUUCCACCGCACCUUUUUCUUCACAGGCCUGCGCAGCCCCAAGGUGCCUCACGGCAUGACUGUGGUUGCCCACGGCGACGACCGUCCCGUGUGGCUCAUGUACGAGACGGUGCGCCACCUCCAUCAGCACUACGGCUCGGACUACGACUGGUUCCUCUUAGCCCAGGAUGACACGUACCUGCAUGCGGAUCGUCUGUCGGAGCUGGUGGGCCACCUCAGCGCGGGUCAGGACCUGUACAUGGGCAGGGCGGAGGAGUUUAUCGGUGGAGAGGAGAAGGCGCGCUACUGCCACGGGGGGUAUGGCUAUCUGCUGUCCCGCAGUCUGCUGGCCCGUCUGCAGCCCCACCUCGACACCUGUCGCAAUGACAUCCUCAGUGUGAGACCUGAUGAGUGGCUGGGCCGCUGCAUUAUUGACUACUUGGGUCUCAGCUGUGUGGAGGUGCACCAGGAGAUGACCUAUCGUUACUUUGAGCUCGGGAAAAACGCAGAUCCAGAGCGUGAAGACAGCGCACGGUUUAAAAAUGCCUUCACAGUCCAUCCUAUAUCGGAGCCAAACCUCAUGUACCGCCUUCACAAACGCUUCAGUCAGAUCGAGCUGGAGUGGACUUACCUACAGAUUCAACAGCUGCAGAUGCAGAUCAACAACCUGAGCGAUCUCACGCCGGAAGGUAAGGCUGGCGUCACGUGGCCUAUAGGAAUCAACCCUCCCUUCAAGCCAAGAACCCGUUUUGAGGUUAUAAACUGGGAGUACUUCACUGAAGAGCACAUUUACUCGUGCGUUGACAGCUCCCCGAAGUGUGAGAUGAAAGGGGCCGACCGCGCAGAUGUAAACGCGGUACUGGAGAUUGCGGUGGAGCGUCUGAAUGAGCGCUACCAGCCCCAGCUGCGCUUCCGCAAACGGCGUCUGCUCAACGGUUACCGGCGCUUCGAUCCCACGCGUGGGAUGGAGUACGUGCUGGACCUUGCGCUGGAGGCCUACACCCAGAAAGGUCACAGUCAAGUCAUCGCCAAACGGGUGAACUUGCUGCGACCUCUAAGUGCAGUUGAGAUUAUCCCCAUGCCCUACGUGACAGAGGCAACACGGGUGCAGGUCAUCCUUCCUGUCACCGCCCAGGAUCAGGACUUUGUUGGUAACUUCCUCGACAUGUACGUGAUGAACACUUUGGACACCCACGACAACGUUUUACUCACGUUCCUGUUCAUCUAUGAUCCGUUUGACGCACAGCGGGUCAGCCAGACGGACGUGUUUGCCGGCAUUAAGGCCAUGAUUGGGGAGGUGGAGAAGCGCUACGGAGACGUGAAGAUCCCUUGGAUCAGCGUGAAGACGGAGGUGCCCUCACAGGUCAAGCUGAUGGACAUCAUCUCGAAGAAGCACCCGGUGGACACGCUGUUUUUCCUGGCCAGCGUGUGGACGGAGGUCAACGCUGACUUCCUGAACCGCUGCAGAAUGAACGCCAUCAGCAACUGGCAGGUCUUCUUCCCCAUCCACUUCCAAGAGUACAGUCCUGCCAUCGUCUACCGCGACCAGCAGCCCUCCGCCGCCUCCUCCUCUUUUGCCUCCGAGUCGCUGCGAGACGGCCACUUCGACCGCCACGUGUUCGACGAGGCCUGCUUUUACAACGCCGACUACAUGACCGCACGGACCAAGAUGGCGGCCGACAUCCUGGACAACGAGGAGCUGCUGGAGAGCAUGGACGUGUACGACAUAUUUGUCCGUUACUCGGGGCUGCACGUGUUCAGAGCCGUAGAGCCGGCGCUGAUCCAGAAAUACGUGCGGCGAGCGUGCAACCCGCGGUUCAGCGAGGAUAUCUACCACCGCUGUGUCCUCAGCAACCUGGAGGGUCUGGGGUCACGCUCACACCUGGCCAUGGCUCUUUUUGAACAAGAGCAGGCCAACAGCACCUAAAGGUCUGAGCGUGCUCAAUCGUACAGGUCUGCCCCGGACUGAAGGAUACUCAUGUGGAACCCUGUGAAUCGUUAAAUGGUACUUUGUGUGAUCCAUACACUGAAAUUCUCCCUUUUUUUGGCAGAGAGAGGUCAGGGUGAGGAACAGAACCAUGUAGCUUACCGACGCCUCGUUGUAUCCUCCAGCUGUAUCCUCUGCUCAGUAACUAUGAGUAUGUCUGACACACGAGUCGAGGAUGUGUCCUCACAUGCGACUCGCUGAACGUGGACUACUUGUAUUUCCACCACUGACAUAUUCUCACAGAAGUUGAGCAACAAUAUUUAUACUGUUGUUGUUGUUAUGCUGUCGUGUCUUGAACAAAGGCCUUCAUUGUUAAUUAAUUGAGAAAACUCUUGAGCCAUAAGUCUCCCUUUAGUGGAGAUGUUAAGAUAAUACUGGAAACAUGCUGAAGCCGUUGGCUGCCUUUUCUUUUUUUUUUUUUUUUUUAAAGGUAUUAAAGAGUGAUAUUUCCGCUG